AUGGAGGACGGUCCCGUUUCCUUUGACUUUAAAAACAUUUUUAUUACAAUGUUUGCUACUUUUUUUUUCUUCAAGCUUUUAAUUAAAGUGUUCUUGGCGCUCCUAACCCAUUUCUAUAUCGUCAAAGGAAAUAGAAAAGAAGCGGCUAGGAUAGCAGAAGAGAUCUAUGGUGAAAUUUCAGAUUGCUGGGCCGAUCGGUCUCCACUUCAUGAAGCGGCAGCUCAGGGGCGCCUGCUGGCCCUGAAAACUUUAAUUGCACAGGGCGUCAACGUGAACCUGGUAACAAUUAACCGGGUCUCUUCUCUCCAUGAGGCGUGCCUGGGAGGCCACGUGGCCUGCGCUAAGGCCCUAUUGGAGAACGGCGCCCACGUCAACGGGGUGACAGUUCACGGAGCCACGCCCCUCUUCAAUGCUUGCUGCAGUGGCAGCGCUGCGUGUGUCAACGUGCUGCUGGAGUUUGGAGCCAAGGCCCAGCUCGAGGUGCACCUGGCUUCACCCAUCCACGAGGCAGUGAAGAGAGGUAAUAGAGAGUGCAUGGAGAUUCUGCUGGCAAAUAACGUUAACAUUGACCAGGAAGUGCCUCACCUUGGAACUCCCCUGUAUGUGGCUUGCACCUAUCAGAGGCUAGACUGUGUGAAGAAGCUUCUAGAAUUAGGCCCGCCUGCUCUUUCCCAGCUGUGCCGCCUGUGUGUCCGGAAGUGCUUGGGUCGCACCUGUCAUCAGACCAUCCACAAACUGUAUCUGCCGGAGCCACUGGAAAAAUUCCUCCUAUACCAGUAG